AUGAACUCGGAUAUCCACCUCGAGAACCUCGAGAACACGGGACGCGGCACAAACGGCCGGGGCAGGCUCCACAAGGACUACUCCAAUGGCGCGUACGAAGGCGAGCUGCUGGAUGGCAAACCGCACGGCCGCGGCAGGCGCCAAAGGCCGCGGGGCUGCCACCUCUGCUCUUGUCGCUGUCGCCACUGCCAGACGUCAUCCAUCAGUUACAGGCCAAGAACGAUGAGGGAGACGUUUACACUGGUGAAUGGCGGGAGGCAGUGCGGCAGAGGGAAGGCGGUCUAUGCCGAGGGCGACGUGUACGAUGGCGAGUGGGAGGACGACGACUGGCAUGGCGAGGGCAAGUACUCAGAGUCGUCCGGGGCGACCUACGUUGGGCAGUGGGAGCACGGCUCCGGGUUCGCCAAGUGGUCAGACGGCGACUCCUUCCGCGGCGAGUACCAACACGGCAAGCCGCACGGGCAGGGGACGUGGACGCGCGCAGACGGCUCCUCGUUCACCGGGGAGUGGGUCGAGGGCGAGCGAGUCGGGGAGGGCCGGUACAUGCGGGCCGAUGGCACGGUCUACGCGGGGGAGUGGUGGGUCUCGGACAAGGGCGAGCGAGUCGGACGCGGCCGGAUCACGUACAAUGACGGCUCCUCAUACAACGGGCAGUGGCGCGACGACAAGGACGGCCACCCCGAGCAUCUUCCCGCUACCGCGGCCCAAAGGGGAGGCAAGCGCGGCAGGGCGGCGGCCGGAGGCGAGGGGUCUGCGGGCGGGCAGAAGCCGAGGCGGCAGACGAGCAGCAGCAGGUCCCGAGCGACCUCCGCGGCAGCGUGA